GUUUCUGAGGUGUCUUUUCUGAAAGCUCUUCUGCUUUGAUUCCACUCUAGAGCUGUCUCUUUAUAAACUCCUCUCCUUACCACCACCACCACCACCCAAAACCUGGUGUGCUCAUUCUUUUAAUUUCUUUGAUUCUCAGUUUUUCAUAGUCAAUUUCCCUCAUCCUGAUUUUGCAGCAAUUUUUUGUUUUUACAAUUGUAACAUCCUUACAAACCAUAAUCUUUAAAGCCAAGAAAUAGGGAGAAAAACUUUUCUCCCCCUGAACUGAGACCAUUUCACAAAUUGAAGGGCAGCCAACAGCAUAUGCUUUUUGCCAAAAUAAUUGAAAACAUCAACUGGAGAGCACAUAAUUCUUUUGAAAGUCCACCAGUUAUUUGAAGUAACUUUGGCAGAAGAACAAAAUAAAACACUCAAUAUUUUAACCUUUAUGGUUGCCUUCUUAGAAGUUGGUUUCUAAUUUGGUUUUUAGUUAUUCUGAUACAAUUUUUAUUGUAUGAUUGGCUUUUUGUUUGACUAGACCUAAUUUGACUUAAAUGAAAACCUAAGUGCUAACGAAGAAAUAUUUCACCAAAGCAAUCUGUGAUCUCUUUACAUUUAGCUUGAAUUCAUUUUUAAUCUUUUAACAACAGCAGUAAUACUGUCUUAGGGUGCACUUGAUUUUAUUUUGCUUUCAAUAUGACGGCUGUCAAUGUUGCCCUGGUUCGUGAUACCAAGUGGCUGACUUUAGAAGUCUGUAGAGAAUUUCAGAGAGGAACCUGUUCUCGAGCUGAUGCAGACUGCAAGUUUGCCCAUCCACCAAGAGAUUGCCAUGUGGAAAAUGGCCGUGUGGUGGCUUGUUUUGAUUCUUUAAAGGGUCGAUGUGCUAGAGAGAAUUGCAAGUACCUUCACCCUCCUCCACACUUAAAAACGCAGCUGGAAAUUAAUGGACGGAACAAUCUGAUUCAACAAAAGACUGCCGCAGCCAUGUUUGCCCAGCAGAUGCAGUUUAUGCUCCAAAAUGCUCAAAUGUCAUCACUUACUGCCUUUCCUGUGAAUCCAUCACUUGCAGCUAAUCCUACCAUGGCUUUCAAUCCUAACACGCCUCUUCUGUUUUCUGGAAAUCCGCCUCUCACAUUGCCAGGAGCUGCUGGUCCAAAACCGAUGCGUUCAGAUAAACUGGAGGUUUGCCGAGAAUUUCAGCGUGGAAAUUGUACACGUGGUGAGAACGAUUGUCGCUAUGCUCAUCCUACUGAUGUUUCUAUGAUUGAGGCGAGUGAUAAUACUGUGACCAUCUGCAUGGAUUACAUCAAAGGCCGAUGCUCCCGGGAGAAAUGCAAGUACUUUCAUCCUCCCACACACUUGCAAGCCAAACUCAAGGCAGCUCAUCACCAGAUGAACCACUCAGCUGCCACCGGGAUGGCCCUGCAGCCUGGUGCAUUUCAACUGAUACCAAAGAGAUCGGCACUUGAAAAGACUAAUGGUGCCAUCCCGCUCUUUAAUCCCAGUGUUUUCCACUGCCAACAGGCUCUGACUAACGUGCAGCUCCCACAGCCAGCCUUUAUCCCUACAGGGCAAAUACUGUGCAUGGCACCUGCUUCAAGUAUUGUGCCCAUGAUGCACGGUGCUACACCUACCACUGUGUCUGCAGCAACAACACCUGCCACCAGUGUUCCCUUCGCUGCAACAGCUACAGGCAAUCAGAUACCAGCAUUAUCAAUAGAUGAACUGAACAGUAGCAUGUUUGUUUCACAGAUGUAGAAGUUACCAAUAGAACAUUGAAAUUCUGAACAACAGAGUUAUGGAGUAUCAGAAUCUUUCCAUGAGAACCUCCAUAUGGCCUUUCUAUAUGUAGUAUUGUACGUCCUCUUCUACCAACACAACAAUAAGCAUGAUGCAGUCAAUAUACUAAACAAACAAAAAUACCAGCCAACAAAUUAAAAAGAAAGUAUUAAACAAUCAAUGGAGAUGUCAAAACAAAACAUGAAUAGAAAACGAACUACCAUCUAUCUUAUUUGAAUUAUUAGGUAGAACACUACUAUAAAAUUUUGUAAUUUGUCACACUGUUCUUUGUGAUUUUCUAAUAACUAUUAGGCUGAGUAAAUCUUCACAGUGGAUUUUUGGCUUACUGUGCAUUCUUGGUGGGUAAUGUUCAUCUGUUUUGAAGUGCUAUUACCUUACUGUUUUGUUUACACAGUAGCCUAUUAGGUUGAUUUAAAAGGUAAAAAUUAUACCAAAAUACCAUUUUCCUCAUUAAUGUAUUGUACUGUAUUGUGGUAUAUUGUGUUGUGUUACAUUUUUACAUACUACAGAGUUUUGCUGUAAUAUCUGUGGUCUUUGGUUUCGACUAAAGUGUUACUGAUGGGAAACAGAAAUAUGUGUGUUUAAAAAAUAUGACAGGUUAAUGUUAAUAUGCUUUCUCUGUUUAGAAUAUUUCUGUAGGUUUCUUGGGGCAGACAUUUUAAAAGCCUUACUUUUGAGUGUUCACAAAACCUGUUCAUAAACAUGCAUGUGAAUAAUUUAUACCUGCAGAUCUGACCUUGCAUAAUAUGAUCACAUUAGUACAUUAUUUGUGAGAGAGACAUAAUUACCUUCAAAAAACAAACAAAACAAAACAAGAAAAACAGGGAACUGCUUAAAACAUUAACCCCUAAUUUCACUCUUUAAAUGGCUUAUAAAACUAGAAUUUACCUUUAAAUGAAUCUUUCAGCAUUUAUACUAAAAAAUAUGUAAAGUGCCCAUUACAUUUUUUAUGGUUCAAGGAUCCUAUCUCCUAGGUUGAUUGUCUAAAACAGCCAUUUGUCAUCUUCAGUUGAAAAAUUGGUACUUGGAGACUUAAAGAUAUGCUAAUUACAGAUAAUAAAUUAAACGGGCAUAUGGGGACAUGGAGAUGCUUUUUACACAUUGGAGAAAAGCCUGUAAAAAUCAUUGGAUUGCUACCUUUUACACAAGAGCCAUUUCUCAAUGCAAAUGUCUUAUGCUCUUUAUAAUAAGUAAGGUGCAAUCUAGCAAAAGUCUGUCAGGGUGAAAGAGAAUUAGUUCCAAGUGAGGCCUUUCCUCCCCAAAUGGACAAUCUUUUCUAUUGAUCACAGUUGGAACCUGAGUAUAGGAUUAGAGAAAUGGCGGGGGUGGGAAGGACGAUGGAAAGACAUUUAAAAUUAUUCUUUGAUUUAUUUAAAAGUUCUAGGAAGGAUAUCCACAGUUGGCUAGUUCGGCCGAGUUUUCAGUUUUAUUAAACACCUCAGUGAAGUAGCAGUAGACUGUGAUAUAUGUUAAGUGUUGCUUUCCCCAAACUUUAUUAACAAGAGUCUCUCUCAUCAAAACCAAUAUUGAUUUGGAUUCGUUUGUUUUUAUAUGUAUUUGAAAAUUAUAACAGAGAGGUGUUUAAGACCCUUUGGAUGAGACAGAGUGGCUGCACUCCACAGACCUGAACUGAAUUCACAUUACUAAUUUUUAUGAAUUAAAUUUAUAACCAAGUAAAAUAGUAAUUAAUUCCUGUUAUAUGAGAUGCCUCAUCCACCUUACUCACUUAUUAAAGUUACUAUUAUUAUACAGUAGUGGAACCAUAUGAUAUUUUACAUCAACUUAGAUUUAAUGUUUUCUAGUUCAUGAAAAUGACAAAGAAAAUCUGAUUUAGGAUACCUUAGGCAGGCUAGUAGUGUUUGAAUCACAGAUCAAUGGAGUUGGUAAAACCUUUUCACAGAAGAUGAAACUGAGGCCCAGGGCAUCUCAUUGGCCAUUACUGUGCUCAGUUGGGCACAGUCAGACACCAAUAUCUCCAGGCUCCCAGUUGUUCCUCUGUUUUACAUCGUUUGUACUUCAGGACAUUUGAGACUCCAUCCCAAAGCUGAUCAAAUUGGCUCAGAAUACAAAAGAGCAAAAUUAGCUGUAUCCUGUUGAUCUUAAUUAUCAAUCCAAAUCAUGAUCAUCAGUGAUAUCUAACUGGUAUUGCUUAUAUGGAGCCAUCGCCAUUUAUUUACAGUAUUGCCUGGAGUUAAAGAACAAGCGGUGUUCUGACUUUUACCUAUUGAUUCUUUGAACCACUUAAUUUCUAUUUCCUCAAAUCUUAACAUUGAUAGAGAAGAAAGUAGAGUACAUCUUUGUGAAAUUGCAUGUGUUUGGAACUGAGUUUUGUUAAACCUAUGUCAGUGCCUCCCCAGAAGGGUAGAUCUGAUCACAGGACUCCAGGAAGGAUGCACCUAAGCUAGUCUGGAUGUAUUCCUAAAGGGGAUAGAGAUGUUUCAGGGUAAAAUGAACUUCUUUGUGUAGUUUGAUAUUUUUGAUGCAACAUGCUGUCUCAUUUAACUUUUUAAACUUCUGAUGAAGAUGUGCAUAGACAGCAAACCUAGAGUACAGUUGUUUUCAUGUUGCUUUAAGCACUGGACGACAUUAAUAAAGACUUAUAUUUUAGUAAGAGGUUUGGUGAGAAAUAUUCAGGGUAGUUGAAUUUUGGGUGCCACAAUUUUUUUGUUGUUGGCAUUUUAAAAAUUGUUUUAUAAAUGAAUUUAAAGAAAGAAAAGUCAAAGCACUAAAGUUUUGAUACAUGUGCAAAAGAAUUUUGACAUGAUACUAUUUUAAGAUAACAUGUUUUAGUUGUGCAAUGACUUGUGCAACAUCUUUAUUCAAGAAAAGAAAAGAAGAUUAGUCAUUAGACUAUAAAUUUUCAGAUAAAAAGAGAAGUCACAAAAUUAAUCAGUGACUCUAAACAGUAAUUUACUGAAUGAAUUGUAUAUAUAAAAUUCUAAUCACUUGUGAUUCUUAGGUAAGAUUUUAUAAGCUUUGUAAUUUACAAGGGCCUCUAUUUUUAAUUAUCCAAAAUUGUGUUUGUUCAUUUCUCUCAGCCUUUUGCAAAAAUAUGCAAUAGUGCUGACACUUGGACAAAAUAAGUCAUGUAUACAGAUAAAAUAAUCUAAAAAUUAUCUUUUAAGAGGGUUUUAGUAGUGUCAACUUUUUAUAAAAAGCACUGUGACCAUAAGUAUAAUUUAAAGGGAGAUUAAGAUUACAUCAAAAUUAAAUGGAUUCAUAAAAUUGGUAUUUAAAUACAGUAUUUUCUUUUGCAAUCGGAGCAUGACUCUGUAACCAGCUAUUGCAUUUCAUUUCACUUGUCUAGAUUAGUCUUUAAUUUGUAGUUGAUUGUGAUGUGAAAAGCCAUCUUCUCCCUAGUCCAUCAAUCUUCUCCAUCCAUUUUUAACAUGUUUUAAAGUACUUUGAUUUUGCCGGAAGUGUUGUCCUAUAUCACUGGGCUGUGUUCACUAGUUGGUAGCCUCACCAGCUCUCAAAUUAGGAAAAAGCAAGUACCUCCUCACUACCAUCAGUAGGAACCAAAUAAAAUUAACCUUUACAACGUGAAUCAGUUUUUAAUAGCCUGUCCAGUAAGAAUAGUAAUGCCUGAAUAAGGAAAACAUUGACCUUAAAUUGUAUUAAAUAAUAUGUAAAGAAGGCCUAUUGCUACUUGGAAUGUUAUUGGGUUCCUUUUCCAUGCCUUUGGAGAGAGUAGAUGAGGAUGCUCUUAGGUAAAUGCAGCCACAAGGUUUUCAAGUUUUUGUAAUCUGUAGGAUAGGUUGUUUUGCACAGAACUAUUAGAAACUGGAAUCCUCUUUUAUUUUUUAACUCUUCUACAUUUCACACACAUUGAAAUAGAAAUGGGGAAAUAUGAUUUCCCAAUUCUGUUGCAUAGAUUUAGAGAGAUAGUGGCCUAUUUUUAAUUUUACCAGUGCCUGUUAAAAGUAAUAGAAUAAAUAGUAUGUAAAAGGGUAUAACUUUUUUACAAAUUUAGUUGAUAACCUAAUGAAACUGUAAAUAUAAUGACAAAUUAAGGUUUUUAGCACCAGCUCACUAAUUGGUGCCAUGUUUUCAUUUUUUUCUUGUUAGUUUUUAAGGUUUUGAUUUUAUUACUUUUUAUAUUGCUAAGUGACUAAUGAAUUUACUUUUGAAGGAGAAGUAGAGAAAGUUUAAGAUUUUACUACAUGUGUUCAACCUUCUUAGAUAGGUUCUAAACUGACACUGAAGCAUAACAAGAUAUAGAUUAUAAUCCAUAACUAUUCUUUACAGUUCACAGUUUAAGAACAAACUUUAUAUACAAAUAAUAACUUUAACUAAUUAUAUUUAGUUGCUUUAGCAACAAAACUACAACAUGGCUACCUUUAGACACCUUUUUGGUGAAAAUUUUAUUUGUAAACUAUACAUGGUUUUUGACAGUAUGAGCAUGUAGAAGAUACAUCUCAAAUCUCAGAAAACAUAUAUGGUUGAUUUUCUUUUUGUCCAAAAUUCCCAUUUGAAAGCUGAAUUUGUGUCCUCGUGUGACUUUUUUUUAUCAAAAAGUUUACAAGUCGUGGAUUCUAAAAUCAAGCUUUAUAGCUUAUAGAAUUUGUUGUGUGUGUAGGGUUUUAUUCCACAGUAUUUGGACUUCAAAACAAAAUUGUGAUAUUUAUGUUACCUGACCUUUUUUUUCAUAACUUCAUUUAUUUAAAAUUAAACAAGUGGCAUAGCUGUAACUGCAGAGAUUCUCUUUUCUGGAAUUACAUACUUACACAAAUAUAUCCAAAUGAGGAUUAAAGAAUGAUAAAAGCAUACUAUUAAAUUAAUUCACUUGCAAAAACAUGCAUAAAGAUACUGUGGAAUAACCCUUUAACAGUGUUGAAGAGACAUAUGCUGCAGUUAACUGACUGCCUCAGUUAGGGUGCGAAUGUGUGAGACACACCUUUUUUGCACUUAUGUACAUAGUCCAUGAAAGCAAUCCUUGGAGGUUUUUUUUAAAUAUAAGAAGUCUGUGAGAAUAGUGGAAAAGUUAAUAAGAGAGAGUUACUUCUAAGGCUUUGAGAGGGAGAGAUGUUGCUUUGCUGUUGUGAAGGCUUUCUAGUUUGCUACAGCUGACCAAAAGAGUAGACUGGUAACAGGUAGCAGCUCAACUUCAGCUAGCAGCA